UAAUCAAGCUCCUGAGAAUAAGUCAAUAAAAAUGCAAAUAUUUUGCAGCCAGCCCCCCGCCCAGGCCACGCAGUCAGCCUGCGGGCCCAGUCCAGCUUUCCGAGGAGGUCUGUCUCUGCUGUUGGUGCAUCUUCGGCUAAAUUUAGCCUAAUGUUAAGAAUGACCUACACAGCAAGGAAAUAAACUGUUUGAAAAAAUAUAGGACAAAGCUUAUGUUUAAGGGAAAGCUUCCCACAAUGUUCUAUUUGUGGCACACGAUCAUACAUUUGUGUCACAUCAUCUUAUCCGUUCCUUGAGCAUUGAUUGAAAAAGAGGCUUUUUAACCUGCUCAAAAUUCUUCUUUGUACAUCUUUAUUGGAGGAGGUCACUGACGGCAAGGAAGCACCCCCAGGCAGGGGGUCUGCACGCGCUGCGUCCCACCGGCCGCCUUUUAUUUAUUUCCAGCUGCAAUCCGCGAGGCACCUGGAUGCGUCGCGGCCCCGGGAGGGAGGAGAGCCUGCGGACCCGCUGGAUAAUUAGCACCAUGGAGCCUCAGGUGUCGAAUGGCCCUACUUCCAAUACAACCAAUGGACCCUCCAGCAACAGUAGAAACUGCCCUUCCCCCAUGCAGACGGGGGCUGCCACAGAUGACAGCAAAACCAACCUCAUAGUCAACUAUUUACCCCAGAACAUGACCCAGGAGGAGUUCAGGAGUCUCUUUGGGAGCAUUGGUGAAAUAGAAUCCUGCAAACUCGUGAGAGACAAAAUCACAGGGCAGAGUUUAGGAUAUGGAUUUGUUAACUACAUUGAUCCAAAGGAUGCAGAGAAAGCCAUUAACACUUUAAAUGGACUCAGACUCCAGACCAAAACCAUAAAGGUGUCAUAUGCCCGUCCAAGUUCAGCAUCGAUCAGAGAUGCGAACUUGUAUGUCAGCGGCCUUCCGAAAACAAUGACCCAGAAAGAAUUAGAGCAGUUAUUCUCACAAUAUGGGCGCAUCAUCACCUCACGGAUUCUGGUUGAUCAAGUCACAGGGGUUUCUCGAGGUGUGGGAUUUAUCCGUUUUGAUAAGAGAAUAGAGGCGGAAGAAGCCAUAAAGGGACUAAAUGGCCAGAAGCCUAGCGGUGCUACAGAACCAAUUACUGUGAAGUUUGCCAAUAACCCCAGCCAGAAAACAAGCCAGGCACUCCUUUCACAGCUGUAUCAGUCUCCCAACAGACGCUACCCUGGACCGCUUCACCACCAGGCUCAGAGAUUCAGGCUGGACAAUUUGCUUAAUAUGGCCUAUGGCGUAAAGAGGUUUUCUCCGAUCACAAUUGAUGGUAUGACGAGCCUUGUCGGAAUGAAUAUCCCUGGUCACACUGGAACUGGAUGGUGCAUCUUCGUCUACAACUUGUCUCCCGACUCGGAUGAGAGUGUGCUGUGGCAGCUGUUCGGUCCCUUCGGAGCGGUCAAUAAUGUCAAGGUGAUCCGCGAUUUCAACACCAACAAGUGCAAGGGAUUUGGCUUUGUCACCAUGACCAACUACGACGAAGCUGCCAUGGCGAUUGCCAGCCUUAAUGGAUACCGUUUAGGAGACAGAGUAUUGCAAGUUUCCUUUAAAACCAAUAAAACCCACAAAUCCUGAAUUUCAUAUCCUUACUUACUAAAAUAUAUAUAUAUAAAUAUAUAUACGAACAAAACAAAACAAAAAAACUCUUCAAGGCUUAUAUUCAACCAUGGACUUUAUAAGCCAGUGUUGCCUAAGUAUUAAAACAUUGGAUAUCCUGUGAGGAACAGGAAAGGAUUUUAUAAUGCUUAGAAAAAAAAAAAAAAACCUUUGAUGCAUUGAAUGUUCUUUCAUAGCUGUCGUUGUUGAAUAUAAUAUACAUAGAUAACAAUGUGCAGGGAUUUUUACCCGGCCAGCUAGUUUUACUACCUUCCUUGAAGGUGGGUCUUUUUAAGAUGACCAUUCACUCAUUUGAAAAAAAUAAGAAAACAAAAACAAUUUUUACAAACUAAUGGGAUUAAAAGCGAGAAAACAGAUUUUUCUUUUCUUUUCUUCUUUUGAAAACAUUGAUCUAAUCAGAUUGGUAAACCCCCCUGGUAAAUUAAAGAGGAACAAUAAAAAUUGCAAAAAGAAGAACAUAAUUUUGCAACUUUUUUUAUUUUUCCUUUUUUCUUUUAUAUCAUGUGAACUAAACAGUCUUCUGUUAGGGAAUGGGGUAGAGGGGGAUACCUGAUGACAUAACAAUUUAAAUAACAUUAACAAUGUUGCCAAAGAGGUGGUCUCUUUGCUGAAAAUGGGUUUCAAGAAAAAUCUAUUUUUAUAAAAUAUAAAGAAUUUUUACAAGAGAAUCUGGAUUUGAGAAAAAAUAUUUUGACUGGCUAAUUUAGGGGAAAUUGACAACUUUGUCAUGUUCAUACUGCACUGGUAACUUUUUAGAGAUCAAGAUGUGUGUUUUAAACUGGAUUAGUAGAUUGUUUUUUGAAGGAUGGGCUACAAACAGAUGAUCUUCGUAUCUUUUCAUAGCAUGUAAUAAAAAUAUUAAAUACAGUACGGGAGAGUGUUCUUCCCAGGCACGCAGUUACCCACAGUCAAAACCCAAAAGCAAGGAGAUGAGUUGCAAGAUGGUUUUUCUUUAAGUCAUCAGUAUGGGAUAUCAGCAGAACAAAAGUUUAAAAAAAAGAAAACUUAAUUUUGAUCAAAAACUUCCUUGGUUUGAGCAGUAGGUGCUACGAAAUUAUUUACAUAUCUUAGUAUCAUAGUUAAAUGUAAUGUGUUUAGAAAGAAUACAUUUGCUUUAAAUUUGUUAAGAAUUUUCAAAUUCACUUUAUAGCCCAUGCUAAUAUAAUUGGGCUGUGUUGGCACAUUUGGAACACUGUUUAUGUUGCUUGAAACACUUAUUUAUUUAAUUGCCGAUGUGAUGCAUAUGGCCAAAAUCAAAUAUAGCUAGUUUGGCUAGUCUACUUAUUUGUUUACUUAAACUAUGGGAAGAAGCAUAUUAUUGUGUCAUUUUGUUGUGUGUGUAUGUGUAUAUAUAAUAUAAAUAUAUAUAUAUAUAAAGUUAUUUUUUCUUUUGGUUAAUUUAUUAUAAGUUGUAACACUUUGCUAGUUUUGUUUGUAUAUGUCUUAAAAUGUUUUCUUAUGAUACUUAAGUGACAGAGGUAUCAAGGUAACUUGUGUAGAAAUAUUGUUUGAUAUAUUGUCAUGUUUGUUGUGAAUAUUUUUUCUUACUGCACAGUAGAAAAGAAAACAACUGGGUCUUUAUUUUAAUGUAAUUCAGAUUGGGGAAAACAGAGCUAAGGGAACAAAAUGACUGAGGGGGUGCUCUCCCAUGUCCAGUGCACUGAUCAUUUUAGUAUGUUUGUGCUUUGUACGGUUAUAUAUUUAAAACAAAAAAGGGUCAUGCUCUUCCCUGAGUACUAGAAACAGUUACUCGCUAUGCAUAAUCUAGUUGAUAGUUAAAUUUGCUAUUGCUUUUCUUGUCUUGUUAUAUAAAAUCUUUUCAAUACAAGUUUAGUCUUAAUGGUAAUAAAACGUUAUGGUUAUUUAUAACUUGUGCUUAUUUUGUGCAUUUUUUCCAUGCUAUACCCACUAACUGCAUGUAGACUAAGUAUUGUUUUUUCACACUGAAGAGGCAAACUUUUGUAGUAGACAAAUAACUAAAGCAAAGGCUGCAUCAUAAUUUUAUCAGUUUUUUACUUUAACAAUGUUAGAUUUUAGUUUAAAGGAACACUCAUUCAAUGUUCAGGGAAACCUUUAUACAUCAUCUGCUAUGAAUGAGCGCAGUUUGCUGGGAAAGUUUUGAUGCAUUUGCUAAGCAUUAGUGGGGAAGGCAUGUCAGAAUCUUUUCUCUACAAUGUGUUUUACUAUCUGAAUAAUAAUAAUUUAAAAGAAUCUUUCUUAGGACCAGGCAGUUGUAUACUUUAGUUAUAAUGAAUGACUUCAUGUUAACCUUGCUAGUUUAGAUCAUUUCUGAGGGAAAGUAUUGUAAAUGUUUUUUUCAUAACCUUGUUGUGUUUGAAUUAUUUGUACUUUAAUUGUCCAGACAAUAAAUGAAAGUGUGUAGAAUGGC